GUGACAAGAAGUGAUUCAGAGUUUGUCAGAUGACAGGACCCUGACAGUCAACACCCAGGGAUAAAAAAAACAGCUUAACACGUUUUUUUAAGGCAACUAAAGAGAAAACAAGCGAAACGGCUGCAGAGUGAUUUAGUGCAGACAGCUGUCACGUCUGUGGGUUACAUUUUUCGAAGUUUAUUUCCUUCCUUAACCACGUGGACAAGUCACCAGGGUUCAUGUGUGACAUAUACAGCCUGGACUCUCACUGUGUGUCUCCACAAUGCAACAUGAGUUGGGCGAUGGAGCCUGCUAACUUCUACGAGAGUACUAAGCUGGGAGUCCCGCAGCAGGGGCUCUGCAAGCCGGGCAGCAGAGGCGACGCUGCAGGCGACGACGGCACCAUGGCGGAGCUUAGCACCGCGUCUGCCAUGUACGAUGACGAGAGCGCCAUCGACUUCAGCCAGUACAUCGAGUCAAUGACGGCCGUGCCCAACCUGGAGCUGUGCAACGACGAGCUCUUCCUCGACCUGUUCAACACUGUGAAGCAGGAGAAGGCGGAUUACUACAACCUGCAGAGCUCCGCGCUACCAGGCAGCAUGCAGCAGCAGCAGCAGCUGUCAGCCGCGUACACAGCAGAGAGGAAGGCUGACAGCGGGCUGGAGAAAGGCUUGUUCAGCGCUCCUAUCAAACAGGAGUCCGACUGGAGUGACAGUGACAUGUCUUCAUCCUUGCCAUCACAGAUCGAAACCUGCGCCCAGACCUCCGUGAGUCUCCCCACAGGGCAGCCCACUCCCCCCACCACGCCGGAGCCCGUCUCCAGUCUUAGCCCCACCAAGUCCUCCCCGAGGAAGAUUGGGAGGGAAAAGGGCAAAAAGGCGGUGGACAGGUACAGCGUGGAGUACCGACAGAGGCGAGAGAGGAAUAACAUUGCAGUGAGGAAAAGCAGGGACAAAGCCAAGAAACGCAACUUGGAGAUGCAGCAGAAGCUGAUCGAACUGAGCUCAGAAAACGACAGACUUCAUAAAACUAUCGAGCAGCUAACCAGAGAGCUCACCGGGCUCAGAGAGUUCUUCAAGCAGAUACCCAACUCGUCCUAUAUGGGCUCUUUGAGUGUAGAGAGCCGGUGACAGAUUGAUAAUAACUAUGUGAACUGAGUUUCAGGAGACAUACCUCAACAGACUUUUCUUCUUACCAUCUGUACCAGAUGUAUUUUAAGCUUACCAUAAUGGCACUGGAAAAUAUAUGAUGUUGCUGCCAUAUUUUUGUGGGAUUUUUUUCUGUAUUAAAUUAUUUUACCACUGCAUUUACAUGUUAUUUUACCUGAUAUGGUACAUGUUUUAUAAUUCCAAACUUUGUAUAAGAGCCAGAGCAUGAUCUUUUAUAUAGUUUGUAUGAAACCUUGAAAACAUUUUGUUUAUGGAAUCUAUAAUAAAAAUGCAGAAAAAGUGAA